CCCGUUUUCUGCCGCGUGCGGCCGCAGUAAAAGCCCACGCAGCAGCAUCAUCAUCAUCAUCAUCAUCAUCCUCAUCCUCAUGCGCGCGCCCUGUUUGAAAAAAUACAUACAGAGGCAGCUCGUGCGGCAGACACAGGGACGUCAGCGCGAGCGGAACCAGAUUCAGAACAGACAGCAGAACUAUGGACUAGAAGUGUUCUUUCUCCCUCCGGUGACUGCAGCUCAACGCGGAUCUUUAAACGGCUGCGAUGACGACGACCACCACAAACAACAAUAACAACAACAACAACAGCAGCACAGGAGGCGUGAUCUCCUACGUGGGUUCCUGCGGAGGCUCUCCGAACAGAACCAGCCCGGUCUCCAUGUACAGCGAGAACUCCAACUCCCAGCCGUGCUUCACCUCCUCUUCCACUCCGCCCUUCCUCAGCAGCAGCAGCAGCAGCAGCAGCAGCAGCUCGGGGUCGGCGGGAGAUGACGGCUCCUCCUCUGCCUCCUCCUCGGCGGGAGGCUCUCCCCGCGGGCGGGACGACGGCGGCGGCUCCCUGAGGGCGUCGCCCACCAAGUCGGUGGCCAGCUUGAGCAAGCUGAGCGGCUUGAUGCUGCUGUGUAAAGUGUGCGGAGACGUGGCCUCGGGCUUCCACUACGGAGUCCACGCCUGCGAAGGCUGCAAGGGGUUCUUCCGCCGCAGCAUCCAGCAGAACAUCCAGUACAAGAAGUGCGUGAAGAACGAGAGCUGCACCAUCAUGAGGAUCAACCGGAACCGCUGCCAGCAGUGCCGCUUCAAGAAGUGUCUGUCGGUGGGCAUGAGCCGCGACGCCGUUCGCUUCGGCCGCAUCCCGAAGCGGGAGAAGCAGAGGAUGUUGGCAGAGAUGCAGAGCGCCAUGAACAACAUGGUGAACGACCAGCUGCAGAGCGACUUCCAGCACGCCAGCCUGUCUUCGUCCUCCUCGCCGCCGUCGUCGUCCCCCUCCUCCUCCUCCCCGUGCCGGGGGGUCACCAUCGCUGCGCAGCCUCAGCCCCCGGCGCUCCCCCUCACGCCGUCGUCCCCCUCGCCUCCGGCGCCGGCCUCCUCUUCCUCCCCUCCCCCUCCCCCGCCCACUCUCCUGGCCCCGCCCCUCUGUCAGAGCCCCUCCUCCCUGUCCCCGUCCCCGCCCCCCAGCCCCGGCGUGGACUCCACGAUCAGCGCCAUCGCCCGCGCUCACCGGGAGACCUUCCUGUACGCCAACGACAAGCUGUCCCCCCCCGCCGAGCAGAACAACCACCACCGCAACGGGGGGGCGGAGCUUCGGAGGCCCAACCACUGCCCCAACGGUUUCCAUGCCAACGGCCUUAACACCAUCUAUCGCCAUAACAACAACGUCAGCGCCGAGUGCUACCUGACGUCUGAGCAGCGCAACACCAUGCACCAUCACCAUGGCAACGGGAGGCGGGUCCCGCACCACAGUAAUCUGAUCGGGGGCAUCCGAUUGGCCGAUCAGGCGGCUCAGGGGCAGAGCUCUGCCGUGAAGAACCACAGGGACAUCGUCCUGGCUUGUCCAAUGAACAUGCAGCCGCACGCCGACCCGUCCAGGAGCCCGCAGGAGAUCUGGGAGGACUUCUCACUCUCCUUCACACCUGCCGUGCGCGAAGUGGUGGAGUUCGCCAAACACAUCCCAGGAUUCAACACGCUGACGCAGAGCGACCAGGUCACGCUGCUGAAGGCCGGCACCUUCGAGGUCCUGAUGGUUCGCUUCGCGUCUCUGUUCAACGUCAAAGAGCAAACGGUGACCUUCAUCUCGGGCGCCACCUACGGCCUGCAGGAGCUGCGAGCGAUGGGCAUGAGCCAGCUGCUGGGCGCCAUGUUCGACUUCAGCCACAAGCUGGCGGCCCUGGAGCUGAACGCCGACGAGCUGAGCCUUUUCACCGCCGUGGUGCUGGUUUCUGCAGACCGCUCGGGCAUCGAGGAUGUGGCGUCCGUGGAGAGCCUUCAGGAGAACCUGAUCCGAACUCUGCGCCUGUUGGUCAACAAGUCGGCCGUCGCCCCCGGCAACAACCACGGCGGCGUGGACUCGCCGCGCUUCACCAAGCUGCUGCUGAAGCUGGCCGACCUGCGGACGCUCAACAACAUGCACUCCGAGAAGCUGCUGUCCUUCCGUAUCGAUGCCUGAAUGAGCGCAGCGGUCAGCUCCGCCUGCUCGGGUCCAGUUUCACGUUUCCGUUACGUGAAAUCUUCAUGAACGACUCAGAGACUUCAAAACGUGAACGCUGACGGUGAAGAAAGCAGGAUUCACCAUAAAUCUCUUCCAGGAGGAUGAACCACGUCCGCAACUUCCACACCAACUAACCCGAACAGCACCAGCCAAUCAGAGACGCGGCAGCGGCUCCGCCCACCGGCGAAGGGGCAAAGAGCGGCUGCUGUGAUCCAGAUGUUUGUACAGAUGAUGUAAAUAUUAUUCAGACUUUAGACAAAGUGUACGAAGUGAAUCCAGCGGUAUUUUAAUCUGUGUGCUCUGUUGUAAAGACUGUAAAGACGAUAUAAAUGUAUAAAUAUAUAAAUAUGCAGA